UCAUAUGCACAAGGACAGGGCACCUCUACAUGUUGCGCGUCAUACAAUUUACUUUUACGUUUUUUUCUUUACGCAUGCAUGGAACAUAAGCAACCAGAAAACGAUAUUUGGCAUCGUUUUUAAAACUAUUUAAAGUGGUUUCAUACAAAUAAACGAUACCGAAAAACAGGACAAGGAGAGGGUAAAAUGGAUAACGAAGCGUCCGAACCCAGGCAAAAGUGAUUUUCUUUUUCGAGCGUCCCGCUGUAUCCGAGAUUAAUGAGAGCACUUGGCAGCAACAAGAUAUACAUGUUUAUUUUCCAGCCAUGUCUGUCAAUUGAGUGCAAAAAGUUUGUUUUGCGUCUGCAUUUGUGGAUUACCUACAUGUGCAAGUUUGUCAAGAUGACAGCCCGCCAAGACUGUUCUCUGCAUGGGGUAUUCCCAACAGUCAUAGCAGUCGUUUUCACUCUUCUGACUCUAGGAACAGAAUGCCAGGUGUUGGAAGACACCAGGAACCUCGGGCCUGUCCCUCUCUAUCCCACCGUGGGCUUCCAGGUACUCAACGUGGACCACCUGCUGCUGAGGGACAACAGCCAGGGGCUUCUGGGAAACUCGAGCCUGCAGGCCCAGAGACAGGCUUUCCUGGUCACCUCCUCCGGGGCUGGCCUGCUGCCCCCGGCUGUCAAUGCCAGCUACGGGCCUCUCACCGCACACAGAAACAUCCCCACGGACCUGCUCCUGAGUGGCCGGCGAAUCCUGCCAGUCCUCCUGGCCCGCCAAGUCCGCUCCUCCGCCCCCAUCGUUAGAAUCCUCUUCCACCUGCCCACGUGGAGGGACAUCAGCGGGGCUGUCCGUGCAGAGGAAGAGGAACAGAGGGGGGGUGGGAGGAAGGGGGGUGCUGCCGGGGUGGAUGGAGCGUACUGUGUGACUGCCUAUGCCUUCUGGCAAACCCGCGAAGUGCGUGGAGCUUGUCUGGUCUCCCCCGGGGGUUUCUGUGUGGCCCAGCUGAAGCCGGAACCAGCCUGGUUCAGCCCGGCCAGCCGCUCCGCCUCCAGCAGGGAGAGAGGAGUGGGGGAGGCCCAGGGUAACCCUGUGGAGGUCUACUUCCAGAGCCGCAAGGACCAAACGGGUCAGUGUGUGCCCCAGGAUAGCCUGCAGAGGGUGGGCUUGGGGAGGGGAGUGCCUCAGGGCUCUGGAACCCCCAUGAGAAGGAUAGGGAGUGUCAACCUCUUGAAAGCUCCGCCGGGGAACCCCACGUUCUUUCGUCUGAGGUUAGGGGGCGCUGUGGUGGUCCAGACCUCCUCCAAGCCCCUGAAAACCACCGACGUGGCCACGUUCUACGUGUUCCUGUCCAGCGCUUCAGCCAUUGAAAGCUUCACCCUCAGAGCCACUGUGAGGAAAGGCUUCUCCUUCAGCAGGGCCAGGCCAAGCGACUCGUCCUUGUGGGAUAUUGUCCUGGAGCCUGGCAAAGGGGCGGCCCUCAACACAAUCUCCGUGGUGUGUCUGAGGAAGGUAGCCAUCACUGGAAAAAGGGGUCUGCUAGAGGUCUUACAGCUUGACUUUGAAACCAAAGAUUUGACCGACCAAUCAGAGAGCCAGGUAAUCACGUGGCGUCUUGAGUUGCCAGGAAAUGUGAAGGACGUUGGCAUCAUGAAAAUCUAUACCACCCAGAAAGACUACAUUGGCCUGGCACCAAUGGUCAUGAGUGGGGAUCUUCUUAACACAGCCGUUCUGACGGGUAAAAUGGCGUCCGUUCCUGUUAAGAUCCUGGCCGUGGAAGCCGGCGGCUCAGUCACUGACGUCACCAACUACACCAGCUGCGCUACCACACAGGAGGACAUCCUCAAGGUGUCGGAGCGCUGUGACUAUGUGUACGUGAACGGGAAGGAGACGAGGGGGAGAAUGAAGAUGCUCCUCAACUUCACCUACAGCUACCUGAGCGCCCAGCUGGAGAUGAGUGUGUGGAUGCCCCGCCUGCCCCUGCUCAUCGACGUGGGCGACCCCGAGCUCAGCCAGAUCAAGGGCUGGAGGGUGCCCGUCGCCGCCGGCAGCAGGAGGGCGACCUGGGACAGCGAGGAAGAGGAGGAGAUGAGGAAGGGCAGAGGCUGUAUGCUGCAGUACCAGCACACCGUGCUCCGGGUGCUCACGCCCUUUGUGGCGGAGUCCUCCGACCCCGUGGCAGGCGCCCUCCCUGGCGGGGCGGCGCCCCCGGAGUACUUCCUGGGCCCUGAUUGGCAGGUGGACGUGACGAGGCAGGUGCAGUACUCUCUCAGGGUGACGGACCCGGCGGUGGCCCGGCUCCAGGCAGGCCCCGUGCUGCAGGGACGAGCCAUGGGGAUCACCACCAUACAGGUGCUGUCCCCUCUGUCAGCUUCAGUUCUGGCUGAGAGGAGGGUCAAGGUGCUGGAUGACAAAGUGAGUGUGACAGAGCUCGGGGUGCAGCUGGUCGCUGGACUCUCUCUGUCCCUCCAGCUCAGUCCAGGGAGCAGCAGAGCCAUCGUCGCCACGGCCACCACACAGGAGGUCAUGACCAGCCCCAAACAGGAAGCUGUGGUGAGCUGCUGGGUCCGCUUCAGCGACGGCUCCGUCGCCCCUCUGGACCUGUUCGACCGAGCCGGCUACUCCCUCGUCGUGACGUCGUCCGACGAGAGCGUGGUGGCCGUGCGACGGACCCCGCAGUCCGCCUUCGUGGUGGCGAACGGGGAGGGCCGGGGCCUGCUGGUGAGGGCGGAGCUCAGGAUCGGCGAGGAGUGUCAGAAGUCCAAGAGGAAGAGCAAGCUGGCGGUCGGCGCCGGCAUCCUCAGGGUGGACUUCCAGAACGGCAGGAAGGCUGGCGGCGGCGGCACUGCCUACGGCGGUGAGGUUUCCGAGUCCGAGGAAGAGACCAGAGGGGUGACGCCGGCGACGCCGCGGGCUCGGACAGAUCCGGGCGUGGACAGGCGUUUGUUCAGGAGCACGGUGCCCGAGACCAGCACUCUCACCACGAGGCCUGCCCAACAGGAGUUGGCGGGAGCGGGCACCAGCGUCGCCAGCAGCACUACCACGACCAGUGCCCCCCGCGUUCCCACAGGCAAACCAGGCACUGCGAAGCCCCUUGUGACGAGCAGACCCCCGGGGAUGGGAAGACCUGGUGUGGACAGAACCACAGGGAAGGGAAAUGGACAGAGGAGAGACUGGGCCAAUAUGCUGGAUAACCCAAACCCUCUCCCUAAGAAAGAGUUGCCCAAACCCGACCUGGCGCCUAAGAAGGAACAGCCCAAACCCAAGCCCCCCCAGGUGGUGGAGAGCGACCUAGUCCGAACAUUCCGCUCCAUGACGGAUGUGGAGAUAGGCAUAUACACGCUGGUCGGGGUCUCCUGCGUGGCUAUCUUCGCCUUCCUUCUCAACUGUGCCUCCUACAGGCUCUGCUUCAGGGGCCACAAGACCCCCGUCCAAGCCCCGGACCCCCGCGACCCCAAGGACCGCAAGCACGACUGGGUCUGGCUGGGGUCCACGUCAGGCCAGGCGCAGUGUAACCCACCCCAGGCGUCCACCCUCAAGCGGGAGAGCCACCUCUCUGUGGAGUCUCACCGCUCCAUCGACGGCCACCGCGGCCUGGAGGCCAGCCUGAGCACGGUGAGCACUGUCCCAGAGCGGACCGCCACCCUGGGCAGAAGGACCAGCUCCCAGACCCCCCUCGGGAUGGACCCCAUGGCCACCCGCUCAGCCACCCUGCUGGCCAAGCCCCAACGCAACGAGCCCCUCCACUCGCCGACCAGCAAGAGGAACCAAGUCCAGUUUACUACCUUCACCACUCUGGACAUCAAGCACUUGGCAGCUCUGAAGAAGAACGGGGUGGACUUUAACUGGGCCAGUCAGGCCCAGGCCCAGGAAGAACCACCGCAACAUCUUCCGGACAUGCCCUGGCCUGUUGUCAAGCCCCUGGGGGAUCUACAGUGAGGCCACACUUUGCGUGUGUGUGUGCGGUUUGUGCAUGUGUCGGCGGGUGUGUUUUUGUGUGUGU